GCAUCGCGGCAGCCAGGCGGCCGAAGCGAGGCCCAACUCAGUGGCGCGGUGACCGUCCGAGCGUGCGCGUGCGGAGUGGCAGGGCGCGCGUCAGUGUGUGUGUGCGUGCGUGCGUGUGUGUGUGUGUGUGCGUCGAUCUCGCGAUUUUCUCACACAGCGCGUCCACUUGGAUUAUCCAAACUUCGCCGGAUUCUGGCAACCGUCCCGGGAGAGCCAUGUUGGAAGGCCCAGAGCCCCCGGUGCAGCUGGCGUCCAAGGAGGAGGUGCUGGACAAGGACAAGCAGGCCGCCAUGGACUACCCCGUGUUCCCCAGCCUCCGCGACGAGGACCUGGAGAGGCUGGGCGUGCUGGCCGCGCAGGCCGCGCGCUCUGCCGGCCAGAACCAGAGCCAGCAGCAUCAGCAGCAGGGCCCCGGACGGCCGGCCACCCCGAGCUCGCCGUCGCCGUCCAGCUCCCCCGUGGGCUCGCCCGCCGCCAACAACGGAUUCGGGGGCAGCGUUUCGGACAAGGAUAUUGAGAGCAAGUUCACGGCCCUGUCUCUCGCCUUCAAGACGGACAAGAUGACCCUGGGGCAGCGGCUGUUGCGGCAGCAGCGGCAGCGGGACCUGGCCGAGAACAACAUGUCGACGGAGUUCAACAGGCUGCUGGACAUACACAAGCGCCUGUCCCGCGCCGCGUCGGACGCCGAGCGCGGCGACUUCCUGGACCGCUUCAGGACCCAGCUGGAGGCCCUCGACCACGCCAGCCGGCAAGUGUCAAGUGCCGCGGAGAUGUACGGCGCCGUGCAGCAGGAGGACCGCCUGUCCCACGCCAUGGAGGUCAUAGACUUGUACGUGGAGAGCCUCAAGCGCCUGCACCAGAAGCUGUGCCAGGAGCUGGAGGAGAAGAAGCGAGUGCUGUCGGAGAACAACAUCGUGAUGGAGGAGCUGCAGGACAUGACGGACGAGCCGCCUCCGCGCACCACGCGCUACCGGUCGCUCUCGGCGCUGGCCAGCAACCCCCUGGCGGGCACCAAGCGGAGGGCCUCGAUCGCCGCCAUGCCGCGCCCCGGGUCGCUGGGGUCGCAGCCCGCCAACGGGGACGUCGCCGUGCUGUCCAGGAGCCCGGGCAGCGGGUCGCAGGUCCUGGAGGGUCGCUCGGGCAGGUGGUCGGCGCCCAGCCGGGUGCGGCGGGUGUCCCUGGCGCUGGACCAGAGCCCCACCGAGGCGCACCCUCCCUCCCCGGGCCACGCCGGCCACCCUGCGGACGCCGGCCGGAGGGACAGCCGCGUCGAGUGCGUAUGCGUGCUCCAAUCAAACUCCCAGAGCCUCCUCGCCCUCGCCCGACACGUGCUCAAAAUGUUUCUGGCUUUUGCUUGUUUCGGCCUUUGCAGCGCCUACGCCCACUCGGCGCCCAGCUCGUGCAUGUCGGAGAUCGCGGAGCUGUCGGAGAGUCGGCGGGAGAGCGCGGCCGAGACGGCCGAGGAGGACGCCCUGCACGCGCGCCCCGACAGCUGCCUCCUGGCGGCGCUCGGCCAGAACGGGGCGGUGCUCCACCACGACGACGAGGACGACGACGAGGACCAGCACGAGGAGCACCUUCGUCAGCUGCAGCACCUCCAGCACCUGCAGCAGCUGCAGGCCAACGGCGUCUGCCGCACCCAGGGCGCCCCGGACUCACUACUGGACCGGCUAGCGCUGCUGCUGGACUGCUGGGGCCGCGGCAGGGAGAUGGCGUCCGAGCUGUGGUACUUGGUGAGCAAGGACUCGUUCCGCUGGCUGCGGCUGUGGACCGUCUGCGCGCUGCUCGUCGCCUCGCUGGCCGUGCUCGUCACCACCCUCAUCCCCACGGCCCGCCAGCCCGCCGCCGGGCCGCCGCCCUGACCGCCAACCUGGCUCUCAUUCUCGUCCUCGUAUUGUGCUGUUACGCGUCAAAUGUUAGUGUAAGUUACGGUCCGUCUACGACGCCCUUUCAAAUGGGAAGUGGGCGCGUCGAGAGUCAGUGCGGACUUGGGCUGCAGGAGACUGAACUGGAAGGAGUUUUAUUAAUAAAAAACAGAAUGCUCACAGA